CCUGCAGCGUGCAGGUGGGCGCGGUGGCUGCCGGGGCUGGUAGUCCCUGGGGAGGGCAGGGCAGGGCAGGGUCUUCCGGCCGGGCGGGGUGCGGAGCCAUGGACAAGCUGAAACGGGUGCUCAGCGGCCGCGACGCGGAGGAGCCGAGUGGCCUGGCCGAGGUUAUCGAUGCGACUUCCUUAGGUUGGGGCACCCGAGUGAAAGGUUUCAUUGCGUGUUUUGCGAUCGGAUGCCUGUGCUCGAUCUUGGGUAGUUGUCUGCUAUGGAUACCAAAGAAAGGGCUGGUACUCUUUGCGGUGUUUUAUACCCUGGGGAAUAUUGCAUCUAUUGGGAGCACCAUGUUUCUUAUGGGACCAAUGAAGCAAUUGAAGCGGAUGUUUGAGCCUACACGUUUGAUUGCUACUAUUGCUAUGCUAUUGUGCCUCAUAUUAACACUGUGUUCCGCUUUCUGGUGGCAUAAGGCAGGACUCGCGCUGCUUUUCUGCAUCUUACAGUUUUUUGCCAUGACAUGGUACAGCAUUUCCUUCAUACCAUAUGCAAGGGAUGCUGUGAAGAAAUGUGUUUCAGUCUGUCUGUCCUAACAGGAAUACUGGAUGCCUCACAAAGUUCUAGGAAGUUCUAGCUACCAGGAACCUGAGUUCUUUUCCUUGGUCAUGGUUGCAAGGUAGGAAGCUGUCAUUUUUCACAUUAAGUGAGAUGCUUCUCUUCUUCUCCAGCUGUAGCAUAAGAGCAAUGCAAAGGGCAUGGUGGGCAAGCAAUAAAAUAAUUUAUAUAUGUCCUUUCUCAAAGGACAAACUGUCAUCAGGUAGAAGUGGGCGAUUGUUUUUAAGCAGCCUCGGUCAGGGAGAAGACAUUUUCUUCUGAACUUGUAAAUAAGUUAAAACUCCAACAUUUCUCUUUGUUUCUAUGCAAGUGGAAUCAGUUUUCUUUCUGCUAAAACUCUUGCACACACCACUGAACUUCUCUGCAUGGAGGAGAAAGCACAAUAUUCUGUUGCCUGUGGUAGCAAGGAAAGCUUGAAACAAUGCCUCUGCCAGCUCCAAACAAGUGCUGAGUGGUCUGUAUCCAGAUUCCAAGGCCACUCUGUUCUCUUCAUCUUCUGAGCUACGUAUAAUCAUUUACUCCCACGGCAUUGCAGUGGUCAGUGUAACAUCUGAGCACAGAUUCCUGCUUCUGCUGUGUAUUGGCACUGAUGUUGGGAUGAAACAGUUAUGCAGAUUCAAGUACUGCAUCCUGGUGCUUUUGUUACCUCCCAGGAUUUAGAAUUUAGUGUUGAAAUAAAUAUGUUGACUAUUACUCUUCUUGAAAAGAUUAUUUGGUUAAAUUCCCAAGAGAGAUUGGGAAUUAAAGAAAACAGAUCCUUCUUUUCUCUGGCUGAUCUAAGACAAGUGUCUAAACUGAUGUGUGUCUUUUUUUUUAUCAGGGACUUAGUUCAAAACCUAAUUUGCAUCAGUCAAAGGACCUAUGCCAGUCUUUUCUUAGGACUUUGAUAAUGUAGCAGAAUUCCUUUUGUAUAAGGGAAAUUGAAAUGCAACCCUAAUGCCUUUUACAUUCCAGUAUUCCUUUAAUUUUAGCAUCUCUGAAUGUCCCUGGAAAAAGCUACAAGCACAGUAUCCAUUGUUCCUCCUUGCCCUCUCCAACUAAGUUAUGUUAACUCCGAUCAUCAUUCCAGGUUUAGCAGCCACGAUAACAGAAUUUGACUUUUGGGAUUCUUUUUCUUGAUUACUUCAGAUUAGGAGGAGUACAUGUCUUUUGCUUAUUCCUUGGCUAGCUUGGGCAGGGUUCUGGUAGCCUGACUAUCUGGAAGUUCUUCUGGAAGAACAGUAUACUUGGGUAUGGUGAAUAUUAGUUUGUUAAUGUGCACUAGUUCUAGCUAACUAGAACCUUUUAGCUGGCUCUUGUGAACACGGCCAAUUAGAAGUAGGAAAUUUAUGAAAAUACCAGUAGAUAGUACUUAAAUGGAUUUUUGUCCUUUCCCCCUCUCCUCUCAGUUUAAAACUGUAAUUCCAGCUUCACAGCCUUUUAUUCAGGAAGAGAGAAGAACAAAUCUUCAUUUGACUGCACAGCACAUGAGGCUAAGCAAUUGUGCCCUUACAGGAAGGGAACUCAAGGGAACAUGGCAAGGACACAAGGAUCACAAGAGUGCCACAGGGGUUUAUGUUGCCCUAUGUUGUUCCUGGGGACAUCAGACAGUAGGAGAGACUUGCCAUAUUCUUACCAAUAUGUGAAAUAUACUCAGGGUUUGUUGCUUCAUCUACAAACAGUUUUUUAUUUAAAACAGCUCUCCCAGAGCAAAACUCUUUAGAUUCUUACUUACUUUGCAAUAGUUGUAGUGAGGCUGUUGACAAGUUUAUCAGCAAAAGAAAUUUCCCCUUUACUGAAGUACAUUAUUUUAUAUGAUUUUUACAUAACUGGGGAGUAAACUAUAUAAAUAUUCCCUCGAGUAGUUUUCAGUCUGAAUUAGAUUAUAUCAUUAUACCUGUUUUUUUUUUUUGGUCAUUAAACCUACUUUGUGUUACAUUUUGAUAUCAUUAGCUUUGGUUAUCUGCUUGGCAGGAAGCAUGGUGGGUAUUUCUGAAGCUUUCCAUCUCACUGUCCUUGAGGGCAGGAAUGUUUGUUGCAUGCACUCUACUGCGAAUAGAGAGCUUCUGGUUGGAAUCACAAAGCUCCUUCCUUCACAAAGUCCUUGCUCAGUUGUUUACAGCACUUAACUCAAGGCUGACUUCCCUAAUGAAACUUCUUUGAUGUUGGGUGCCCAUCUCAGUAGGAUUUGGUGUUCUAGCAGAAAGUGCGUUUUGCUCAGCCUGAUGACCAAUUUGUCCACUUUUUUCACUUUUUGCUGUACAGAUAACAUAACCUCAACCAAGCAGCCUUAGGGUACAGUUCUAGCAGGAAAUUUUUAUAUCCUGGAUUAGCUGACUUUCCAACUAUAUCAGAAAGGGAAAUAGGGAGGGUGGUAGUCAUCUGUUCCCAAAGUACUGAGACUCUAUACAUUGAAAUACGGGAUUUUUUUUUUAACUACUUCAACAUUUUGCUCUGUUUGAUGUGAUGAAGUCCAUUAUGAAUACUGGUACUAUCUGAAAUGGUUCAACCCUGAUGAUGUGAACAAUUUAAUCUCAUUUAGAAUUUAUAGUAAUAAGAUUGUUCAUGAGCUGUUGUGAAAACCAAGGAAGAAUUUUCUGCCACAAGUUGAAAUUCUUUUCAGAAACCAUGUUUUUAAAAGGAAAGUGUGUUGGGCUCUCUGUAUGCCUCCAGCUUCCUGAGAACAGUUCUUUCUUCAUUUUAGUACUUAAUCAUGUUCAUGAAAGUGAGAUCACUGUGCUGUUGUAAACUGAGGAGGAGGAGGAUGUUUAAACACUUUUGUCUUAAAUACUGAUGUUUACAACCAUAGUAAAUGAUGACCAUUUUGGAGGGAAAGCACACAAAUGGUUUGUUGUCUUAAAACCAUGUGCCUCGCUAUAAUGUGACUAAAUUUUUUACCAACUGUGGAAUUGUUUUGUAAAAUAAAAACCAAACUCAGAAAAAAAUCUCUGCAGUGUUUUAUACUGUUACUGGUUGUGUUUGCUGAUGUGCUUUUUCUGUGUAUUUACACUGUUUGAUUUCUACUUUGAUAAACGUCUUUUUUUCUGACUUACAACUUGCUCUGUAAUGAAGUGAAACCCUUACAAGUGCUGUUUAUUUCCUUCAAUAAAUUUAUCACUGCAUUAAAUUAAUUGUUCUUAUAGUUAAUGUUCUUAAUGUUCUUAUGGCUUUUAAAAUGAUGCUGACUCUCUAGAUGAUGCUGAAAUUGCUGUGGGUAGUGUGUUUCCUUUUAUUUGUGUGUUUGGCUUUUAAAAAAUUAUUGUCCUGUCCUCACUUCCUUUGCUGUACACUCAGCUUGUACUGCUGGGGGGAGUUUUUGUGUCACCAGUGUUUUGCAGCAGCUUCACCCAGCAGUUGCAGGCACCUAGACAACUGGUUGGCGCGAGUGGAGUUGUUAAGGUGAGUAUGAUAUUUUUAUUAUUUCAUAUUUAUUUGCCUUAAGAGUCAACCUAGGUAUGCCCACAAGCUAUCCUUAGUCCAUGCUACAGAGGAAAUAAUGCCUGGUGCUAUUCUGUCAGCAAAGACAACAGGAAGCAACAUGCCUCUGAAAUAAAUAUGCUCUGAGUGCUGAUGUACACUCAAAAAUGUAAAUGAAGUAAAAUAUCAAUGAUUUAUGAAGUUGUGUUAAAAAUAAUUAGAGGCAAUAAUUUUAUUAUUUUUAUCUUUCAAAGAACUGGUCUGUUUAAGUGUGUGCCUACUAUGCAUCCAAAGACCUGCCGUGGUUUAAUAUUCUUUGGCAGCAUAUCAAGACUGUGUGUCCAUCAGGCUGUUCAGGGUAUGUUACACUGUCUCAUAACUGACAGGUGGAUUUUUUUCCCUAUCUGCAAGGGUGGUGGUGAGACUUGUGUGCUGUGGGAGACUGUGUUAAAUUUUACUUUUUUGUUGUUGUUUUUGGUUUUGGUUUUUUUUUUGAUUGUUCUUCUGAGCAAGCUCUGUCUCACAGCUGACUGAACUGAAAUUUCUGUCUUACAGGAAACUCCAAAGUUGCAUUUGGAAUACAAGCAGCAGCCUGUCUUCAGUAGUAUAGAAACCAUGGGGUUUGCAUUUUAUCUUUUUGAAAAGGUUAGAGUGUCCCAGGAAUGUCAGGAAAGCUGAAUACAUCUGUGUCAUAUCAAGGCAACUGCGAUUUCUCAUAGGGCAAUAAAUCCUUCCCAUGUCUAAUACCUUAGAGAUAUUUUGCUUGCUUAACUCAACCUCCUGCAUAACAACAAAGCUGUUGAACUUUGCCACUUCAUUGUCAUGCUGAGGUCUUAAUACCUGAAUGAUUAAAAAAAAAAAAAGUGAAGUCUUUAUUUGCAAUCCAUAAACAACGAUCAGCUGCCCGAAAGCGCAUUCUGUUGAUUAAUGAAUUUGCAUUUUAGAAAUGCUCUGAAAGGGUUUGUCAGUUGUGCUACAGUGUCUAGUCCCUGAAUCCCAUUGCCUUGCAAAGUCACCAGCAUUGAAAUUCAGUGACAAGGCUCUUGGAAAGUUGCUGUAAUGUCUGCCCCUUUCCCUUCUCCUUCCUCAAGGUCUGAUUUGCAAGAGAAGAUAUUUAAUGGAUGUGAGCCAUUCAAAGAUGGGGGUUGAUAGUUAUUUUCCAUCCCUUGCUUGUUGAGAACAACCUUCCUGUUGAGCUCAGCCUUUGUUGCAAUAUGUGUGGGGGUACAGGCUUGUAAGUGCCCAGCCAUGAAGUACUGGAGAUUCCUAAAGGGAAAAAAAUCCUGCUUUUCUCACUUUUCAGAAGAAAGCUGCUGGUGAAUUAGAGAUGGAAUAGUCUAUCUAAGCUGCCAGUCUUUGGGAUUGCUAUUUUAAGUUAGCCUGGUUGAAACCCUUUUAAGUUUCUCUUGUGUUCCCUUGUGGUAUCUUUAAGAGAAGGUAUUCCUGAGAAUUUGUGCUUCAAAACCUCUGUGGGAAUAAGUGUGGAGUAACAUGGGUGUAGUGUAAAAAUGGUACAAUGAAAGUGUCACCUAGUCAGUGUGAUGUCAUUGCAGCUCUGAGGGACUGUCAUGCCCUAAAAGCUGCGGAAAUAACUGAAAGCUGGAGCGGGGCUUUUGUCACAGGGCACAUAGUGAUACAGGACAAGGGUGAACAGCUUCAUACUGGAAGAGAGGAGAUUUAGAUUAAGGAUUAGGAAGAAA